AUGGAGCACAAAGAAAAAGGUAGCGGGAUCUUCCCAUGUCUUAAUAAUGGUGUCGGAAUGGAGUCCUCAGUUAGGCUUCAAGAUGUUCUCCCUUCGCCCGCUCAGGAUAUUGAGAGGUUCUGCCGAGUGCAUGGAAUUACAACCCUGCAUUUCAUUGAGACUGUCUGGUUAAUCGUCCUUGGACCAUUUCUGGAUGCUGACCGCGUCUGCUUCGGUUACCGGGACCAUCGCGAUAGACCUCCAGACCCGACCUCAGGUCCGGCGAAGGUCAUCGAGUCGGACUCGUUUCCCGAUGCCUCAGUGGCAGAGAUGCUCAAGACAGGCUUUUGUGCAGAGCCAGGGAAUCCAUCUGAUGAGCAACCCCCAGCCCAUAAUACUGCCGUGGUCCUGAUCAAGGAAAUUGCGGGCUCCGACCGAUCGUAUCUCUUGGAGGAGGCCAAGCAAUGGGACUAUGGCGUUGUACUAUCACUAGUCCACAAAACUUCAACCCUCUCACCAUGCCUCGCGGAAAACCUCUCGUCCACGGACCUGACUCUAUUCAGCCCACUGAACCGAGACAAUAGUCCAGCAACAUCCCUGAUUAAGGUUAUCCAACAGCGUGCAUGCGAGCGUCCACACCACCCAGCCCUUGACUGUCUGGCAACGCAGUGGGCCAGCCACCUGCAGCGCUUGGAACUCGCCAUCUUGAAGGCCGUGAACGCUACAGUUGCAAUUACAUCUACCGACCUGGUACCGAUAUUAUCGAGCCUCCUCGGCACGAUUGUCAUCAUAUCUUCGGAAACAACCUCGAAUUUACCGACCACCAUGUCAGAUGUACCAGCGCGAGACAUCACCCUUGAAACCACGGCUUACGGUUGUGUUGCGAAACACCGCGCGCUGGCAAACCUGGCAAACCUGGCACCAAGUCUGAAAAUCACAGCCGAGAGCCGAGUAUUGCAGUCUGCCUCGUACGGCUUUGUAAUGGCGAUGGAAUCGAUGCUGUCCCUGGUAAGCCCGUUGGCAUUCCUAAAGACUCUGGUCCUAGCUGGCGAGCCCAUACGCACCGACCUCUUUCAAAUGUGGGCACACCAACUAGAUCUACAUUUGGUAUUGGGGUGUACUGAAUGGGCGGAUAUCAGAUGUAUUGGCACCUCGCCGACAGGGCGCCUUUGCCCUGGGCUGGCAGAUGGCUAUCUCAACAAUGCCUCACAAACAGCAUCGGCCUUCAUCAAUGCCCCUGCCUGGUAUCGUAUGAUGGGGCCGGUCAAUGAUACCGGGGUGACACUUUACAAAACGGGCGACUUGGUGCAGUAUUACGCCGAUGGCAAGAUCAGGUAUAUCGGCCGCAAAAAUACUCAGGUGAAGAUCCGCGGGAAAAGACUCGAAUUGGGGGAAAUAGAGUAUCACAUCCCCGAAGCCGCUGCCCCGAAAGGCAGUGAGACCCCAAUUGAGGCUCUACUGCUACGCUUCCAAGCACAUGUCGAUUCGAUCAAAAAGGGCCUGGAGCAGGUACUGCCCGACCACAUGUGGCCGAGCAUUUACCUUCCCCUCGAAUCUAAGCUCCGUCACAUUAUUUGCACUUCUACUCGCCAGGAUCUGGAGAACGAUCUGACACCGGCAUCUCCUAUCGUGCCACCAGCGACCGAGUUGGAGUUGGAACUUCAUCAACUAUUUGCUGAAACCCUGCAUGUCGAGCCAAUCUCCUUUGGCGUCAAUCAUAGCUUCAUCCGUCUUGGCGGCGACUCGGUGACAGCCAUGCGUUUAGCCAAUCGUUGUAAUAUUCUUCAACACCAAACGGAUAACGCGCCAUCCUCCACACCUGCCAUUGAACACCUGACCCCUGAACGGUCUUUCCCACCAGUGAGCGAAUCUGGCAUCCAAGACGAAUUUGUCAAAGUGCUGGAAGCAAGCAUCAGUGCUACUGAUGCUUUCACUGAUCGUGGUGUUGAUUCCGCGAUGGCCACGCAGUUGAUUACUGGCAACGAGAUCCUCCCAAUAAUAGCUGCUCUCGCGAAACGGCCUGUGACACGAUCUACCGAGCCAGUGUUGCAUCCCGAUUCAACACGGUAUCUCCUGCCCCUUGCCACACGACUGCGCGGUCAUGGCAUUGAAGUGCAAAUAAUUGAUAUGGCGCUCAAGGAAGACCAGGACAUCUGGGAUGCCUUGCAGAGCGAACAACGCACCACAUUCAAUUUGGAGGACGAACCAGGAUGGAGGCCAUUGGUCUUCCGUCUGGGGCCUGAUGAUCAUAUCCUGUCAAUUGUCAUGCAUCAUAUUAUAUCCGACGGGUGGUCGGUGGAUAUUCUUCGAAACGAACUCAAUAUCUUCUAUUCGGCAGCAAUUCGCUCAUGUGAGCCCCUUUCACAAGUUGAUCCGCUCCCAACGCAUUACCAAGACAAGAGCCAGUCACGACCGGCUGAACUCCUCUGUGACAAGCCACGUCCUGCUAUACUCUCCGGUGAUGCGGGUCGUCGGACACGCUUUUGCAGGGCCCACCGGGUCACCGCUCACACGGUUUUGCUCGCAACCUUCAGGGCAGCGCAAUAUCGUCUCACAGGCCGCUAUCAACAUGAGCUGGAACCACUCAUUGGGUUCUUCAUCAAUCUUCAGUGUAUUCGCACGGAGGUUGAGCAUGCGCGUACGACAUUUUACCACCUCGUUCAGCAGGAUAUCCCUUUCGAGAGGAUUGUGUCGGAGCUAGCUGACAGGCGCGACCUCUCCCGUAACCCCCUUGUGCAGAUGGUUUUUGCUGUCCACUCCCAAACAGACUUGGGCAACUUGAGCAUCGAAGGUGUGGAGGCUGAACCAUUGACUCUGUCUUCAACCUCAAGGUUUGACCUGGAAUUUCACAUGUACCAGGGCAGAGACUGCUUUAGAGGCGAGAUCCUCUUCUCCCUAGACCUGUUUCACCAGGAGACAAUAGACAUACUACAUGCCCUCUUCAUUGACGUCCUCCACCAUGGAUUAACUCAGCCUGCUACGCCUAUUGAUUUAAUCCAACUCAAUGAUGCAAACGGAACUCUGCAUCAGCAUGGACUUCUUCACAUCCAGGAAAAAGAUUAUCCUCUCAAAUGCUGUCCCGCCAAGAUAGCUGUCAAAGACUCCUCCACGGAGUUGACCUAUCAUGAAUUAGACUCUCAAUCAGAUCGAGUCGCCAUCUUCCUGACAAAUCAGUCACUGGCCCCGGAAAGCGUGAUUGGGGUCUUUGCAGACCGAGGGUGCGAGACAAUUGUCGCAUUUUUGGGCGUUCUAAAGGCGAACAUGGCCUACCUACCGCUCGAUGUUAAAUCCCCAAUGGGCCGCCUUGAAACGAUCUUGUCAUCUGCCCACAUGUGCAAGAUCAUUCUCUUGGGCAGUCGUAUUGAACGCCCUGCUCUCAGUAUAAGUGACUUGCAGUUGAUUCCUAUUCCAGACAUUCUGACCAAGCGUGACCGAGAUGACCCCACGAUUUCCCACACAUCGUUGACCAUGAUGCCUAGCGCCGAAAGUACUGCAUAUAUCAUAUACACAUCCGGCUCCACAGGAGUACCCAAGGGAGUCAUGAUCCAACACAGGGCAAUACUUAGGUUAGCACGGUGCACCGAUAUUAUCAGUCACCACAACAAUCCUGGAGCGAUAGCACAUACGAGCAAUAUUGCGUUCGACAUGUCAGUCUGGGAAAUAUACACGGCACUUCUGAAUGGACAGACAUUAGUCUGUAUUGAUCCUAUGGCGGUAUUAAACUACAAAUUGCUUGGUCACAUUUUCGCACACGAGGGAGUCCAGAUAGCUAUGUUAACCCCAGCGAUGCUUAAACAGUGCCUGAUUGAAUCCGCAUCUACCAUCAGCCAGUUGGAGAUUCUGUUGAUUGGUGGCGACUGCCUGGAUCCAUCUGAUGCUAUUACCGCGCGGACACUGGUCAAGAGCGAGCUCAUAAAUGCCUAUGGGCCAACCGAGAAUGGUGUCGUGAGCACCCUAUAUAGGAUUCCAGACAAUGGGAUCUUUCCCAACGGUGUUCCUAUUGGUAGAUCCAUCAAUGACUCCGCUGCAUACGUGAUGGAUCCUAGCAACCGAUUGGUUCCAGUUGGGGUAAUGGGUGCGCUUGUUGUUACUGGCGAUGGUUUGGCUAAAGGAUAUGUUGAUUCACAACUGGAUAUUGGCCGUUUCGUGACAGUCCAUAUUCCUGGGCGAUCACCGAUCAGAGCCUACCAGACCGGAGACUGUGUCCGAUAUCGGCCAAGUGAUGGCCAGCUCGAAUUCUUUGGCCGCAUGGAUCAGCAAAUCAAAAUACGAGGCCACCGUAUCGAACUCGGGGAAAUUGAUCAUGUACUCCUUCAGAACAGCACAGUUAGUGACGCGGUUACGGUUGUUGAUCGACGAGAGGGGCACGAACCGCAGAUUGUCAGCUUUGUCACCGUCCGUUCAGACCCAGGGCAGAUCCAAGCCACCCAACGGAAUCUCCAGGGUUGGUUAGAAGGCAGGCUGCCAUCCUACAUGAUUCCCCAGACUAUUGAAGUGUUAAACCAAAUGCCCAUCAAUAGUAGCGGGAAGGUUGACCGCCAAAAGCUGGCGAGAAUGGCCGAGGUCCCCACUCCAUGCCAGCCUACAAUGGACCAAUUGCCGCCAAUCGAUGAGGUCGAGCGAACGGUGUUGGAAGAAUUGACCGCCAUGCUUGGUGUCGAGAUGAGAGUUACCGAUAACUUCUUCAGGGUCGGGGGGCACUCACUGAUGGCCACCAGAAUGGCGUCCAGGAUCAUGAGACGGCUUGAUGUGGAGAUAACGGUGCGGGACAUAUUCGAGUACCCCACCGCUGCCAGCCUGGCGGAGAAAAUUCGGAAUUGUGAACCCACCAAGUACGUUCCGAUAUUACCCAUUGAGCACAAGAAGCCGGCCGAGGAAGGGGAAUCAGGGGAGCAGCGGGAAGCAGUGGAGCUGUCCUUUGCGCAAGGUCGCCUCUGGAUGUUGGAGCAAAUGAAUCCCGGUCAAUCUUGGUAUCAUACGCCAUUCGCUGUGCGGCUGCAAGGCUCUUUAAACCUCGAAGCCCUGGGAAAGGCCUUUUUCACCCUUGCGCAGCGCCAUGAGAGCCUUCGAACGACAUUUGAAACCCGCCGUGAUCAUCCAGUACAAGUAGUCCAUCCCCAUCCAUUCGACUCUCGACCCUUAACCGUGAUUGAUGUCAGCGCCCGCCCAGAUGCGGACCUUGCGGCUGUUCUUCACCGGGAGCAGACAGCUCCGUUCGACCUGACUACCGAUCCAGCGUGGCGAGUUGCAGCAAUUCGCUUGGGACCAGAGACACACGUCCUCUCCGUGGUAAUACACCAUAUCCUCUGCGAUGCUCUAUUUUAUGCUUCCGCUGUUCGGGGUGAGUACCGCGACUUUGCGGCCUGGCAACAUGAGCUGGAAUAUUGGUUUCUGUGUGAUAAGCCACGGCCAGCGUCCUUCGCGGGAGCCGCUGGUGUUUGCCAAAUUCAAGUUGAAGGCACGACAUAUCAGGUUACGCCCUUUGUCGUCCUGCUGACAGGAUCAACGGAUGCAACAAUUGGGACGCCUGUUGCCAAUCGAAAUCGUCAGGAACUCGAAGACUUGGUAGGAUUUUUCGUCAACCUCCAAUGUAUUCGGAUUCCAAUCGAGGAGGUGUCGUUUCUUGAGCUAGUCGAACAAGUCCAUGUGCCGUUCGAGCACAUUGUAAAUACUACGCAAACGGACCCUUUUGUCCUUCACUCUGAAGCAAACAUGGCUGCAUUCCAUCUCGAGGGGAUUGAUACUGAACCGGUCGAUCUCGUACCGACUUCGCGGUUUGAUAUGGAGUUCCACCUGUACCAAAAACACAAUACGAUUGAAGGCUAUAUUCUGUACGCCGAAUCUUUAUUCACCGCACAAACGAUUGAAAUUAUACAGCAAACAUUUGCCAAGAUCCUCAAGCACUGUCUUCUGCUACCCUCUACCACGCCUGGCGCAUUUCCGCUGGUGGACGACUAUACCAGCCCGGACGCAGCGGCGAUGGGACAGGCCUACGGCCAUUGCACGGACUAUCCACGGGAUAUGAACGUGGUUGAAGCUUUUCAGCAGCAGGUGGCGAGUUUCCCAAACCGCAUAGCACUGGAUAGCCGGUCUGACCGGGUUGCAUCCUGGCUGUCGGUGCUUUCGCUUCCCGUGGAAACGCCCGUGGCGGUGCUCGCAAAUCGAUCAUCAAACUUGGCAUAUCUCCCACUAGAUGUUCGAGCCCCCGCAGGCCGCAUUGAAACUCUUCUCUCAUUCAUUCGGAAUCCUCCGAUCACCGAGGCUAGCAUGACAUCUACAUACCUUCUUUCGCGACCGUCGGCCACCAGCCUUGCCUACAUCAUUUUUACCUCCGGAUCGACCGGACAGCCAAAGGGUGUCAUGGUGGAACAUCGUGGGAUUAUCCGAUUGGUGAAGGGUAGUAAUGUUGUGGGCGAGACCGAGGCGGCCUGCUCUGUCGCUCACAUGUCGAACCUGGCCUUUGAUGCCUCCACAUGGGAAAUAUUUACUGCCUUGCUGAAUGGCGGCACCGUGGUGUGCAUCGAUUCGAAGACAGUGGCAGAUUAUUCUGCGCUUGGUGAGGCGUUUCAGCGUGAGAGUGUCCGCAUGGCACUGUUUACGCCAGCGCUACUCAAGCAAUGCUUAACUGCGUCUCCGGCGACGGUCAGUAUGCUAGACACCUUGGUUACAGGAGGCGACGUACUUGAUCCAGACGAUGUGGUCAAGGUAAAGCGACUACCGAGGCAGCCUCGCGUUAUUAAUGCAUAUGGGCCAACAGAGAACACGGGGAGGUUUAUAACUCUGGCGGUCGGCUCAAAAACAGUCCGCGGGUAUCGCACCGGCGACAUUGUUCGAUAUCGGCCUGGUGACGGCCAGUUGGAAUACUUUGGGCGCAUCGAUCAACAGGUAAAGAUUCGUGGCCAUCGGGUGGAACUUACUGAGAUCGACCAAUAUUUGCUCGCUUUCAGCUUCAUCCAGGAGGCUGUAUCAAUCUACCGGAAAGAGGAAGCCCUGGGAUCUGAUUUGGACUGGCACGCAACCAUGGGAGUCAGUGGACAAGAUACGAGCGGGCAAGUUCAAGUCUGGGGAGAAUUUUUCGAAACAAACGUUUACCAUCUCUCUGGACUACAUCCCAGCGAACGUGGAAGGGAUUUUAGAGGUUGGAAGUCGAUGUAUACUGGUGCACCGAUCGAAAAGGCAGAGAUGAACGAAUGGCUUGACGACACUAUCGGGGCACUGCUUAAUGGAGGCUCGCCCGGUCAUGUCUUCGAAGUCGGAACUGGCACUGGCAUGAUACUCUUCAAUGUCGUCGAAGGGCUUCAGAGCUACGUUGGGCUUGAGCCCUCGAUUGCGGCCUUUGAAUUUGUCCAGGCAGCCGUCCCCAGUAUUCCUGGGUUAGAAGGCAAGGUACGGUUGCAGAAAGGGACGGCCGACGAUAUCAGCCGACUUGACAGAUCCAACCCUGUUGAUGUCGCCAUUAUCAACUCGGUGGCGCAGUACUUCCCAUCCCCUGGAUAUCUGCUCAGGGUCGUGGAGGACCUGGUAUGUCUGCAAGGCGCCAAACGCAUUUUCCUUGGUGAUCUACGGUCAUAUGCAUUGUACGAAGAAUUUCAAGUGAGCAAGGCGCUAUACGGUGAGACACAUGGAGUACCCACCAUGGCCAAUAUUCGAUCACAGAUGGCGGAAACUGUUCACCUAGAAGAGGAGCUCUUAGUAGACCCGGCCUUUUUCACUUCCCUGCCAAGCCGAGUCCCGCAGCUCAUUCAGCAUGUGGAAAUCCUGCCCAAGCGUAUGGUAGCUACCAACGAGCUAAGUUGUUACCGCUAUGCCGCUGUCCUGUACGCCAAGCAGCAGCCGAACUUGGAGCUGCGCAUUCACGACGUCGAAGAGAGCCAAUGGAUUGAUUUUUCCGCAAGAAAGAUGAAUCGCGAGUCUCUGUUCGAAUAUUUGCGACAACAAACCAUUGAUACAUCUUUGGUGGCAAUCAGCAAUAUUCCCUACAGUAAGAUUAACUUGGAACGGCUGGUAGUAGACCUGCUGAAGGAUCGCUUGGUCGAAAGGAUAAGAGGACCUGGCUGGCUCGCGUCACUCAGUGAAAGGGCCAAGAAACUUCCAUCUCUUGCAGCCCCCGACUUGAUAGAACUGGCUGAGAAGACAGGCUUUCACGUCGAGAUCAGCUGGGCCCGCCAGCACUCACAACGUGGUGGGCUGGACGCCAUCUUCCACCGCAUUGAGCCUGCCCAGAAGGGCGCAAGGGUGCUAUUCCGGUUCCCAACAGACCACCAGGGACGAGCACCUGGUCAAUUGAGUAACAACCCACUACAAUUGUCAUCCAAUCGAGACAUGGAGAAAUGGGUGCGGAAGGCCUUGCAAAAGUCAUUGCCAACGUAUAUGGUCCCCAGACUGGUCAGGGUUUUAGAGCGAAUGCCUAUCAACAGCAAUGGGAAGAUCGACCGCAAGGCUCUUGCAAGCAUGGUUGCUGGCACUGUAUCCCAAAACACUGUGUCAGCUAGAGUCGAUCCGCGUGAUGAUCUGGAACGAGCGUUGCUUCAUCAGUUUACGAAGGCGCUCGGGCAAGAUAUCGGCGUUCUCGAAAGCCUGUUUGAUCAUGGGGGCCACUCGCUGACUGCGAUAAAGCUGGUCAAUGGGAUCAAUGAACAGCUCCAUACUCGUGCCAGGGCGAGUGACGUCUUCGAGUGUCCUACUGUUGCCGGUCUCGCCGCAAGGAUUCGAUCCUGGCCGGGAUCGAUAACGAGACCUGUCGCCUCAACAUUUUCCCUUGUUGGGGGCAAUCUCUCACCCGCCACUUCAGGCGAGCUCGCCAAAAUUGGACUGAGUCCCACUGAAGUGGCUGAUAUCGUUCCUGUGACAAACACACAGGCCUGGUUCCUUACCCGAUGGGCCCCAGUCUCCAUGCGCCUUAAUCUCCACGGCAGGAUCGAUAUCAAUCAGUGGAGAACGGCUUGUCACGCUGUGGCACAAAAGCACAGUACUCUACGCACUUUGUUUACUAGACUCGAAGGGAGAUUCGUCCAGGUCAUCCUGCGAGCAGUCAACGUUCCAUUUACCAAGUUGACCAGUGAUACGGUUGCCGAUGAGGCUCAUUCUAGGCUUUCUCCGGUCUCCACGAAGCUAUAUACGAGAUUUGAACUAGUUUCUCAGUCUCCGACAAGUCACUCAUUCAUUGUUCGGUUGUCUCAUGCACAAUACGACGGGUUUUCACUCCCGCUCCUCUUUUCUGAUUUGGCCUCAGCUUACAAUGGCAACCUGCUCUCGCCAUCACUACCAGUCCCCUUCUCGGACUAUGUAUAUGGAUGUGCAUACCACCGAUCGGCAGAUUCGCUGAGCUUCUGGAAUGACUAUUUGCGGGGGGCUCGCCUGACCACCUUAUCGGAUACGACCCUUUCUGGGGAUUACAAGGCUGUAGAUGUUAAACAAACCGUGACUGGUGAACUUCCCACGUCGUUGCCUGGAAUCACAUUCCCAACUCUUGUCAAUGCAGCAUUCGCUUUCACGCUGGCAGAGAUGGUCUGUAGCCAAGAUGUCACAUUCGGGCUGGUUCUGAACACCCGUGACCUACCUAUCAACGGCGUGGAGGCCAUUCUUGGACCGUGUAUCAACCUCAGUCCCGUGCGAGUGCAAUCGCAGCAGGCGUGGACCGUCAGCGAGCUUUGUCAGAACUUACAUGACAGUUACACCGCGGUUUCUCGUCACGGAUACCUCGAAUUGCCGGAUAUUGUUGCCAACUGCACCGACUGGCCAAGGGACAGUGACUUUGGCUGCUUGAUAAAUCAUUUCCCUCCGGAUCGUACCCCUUCCUUCUCAUUGAAAGACGCUGAUGUGGUGGACUUUUCAAUGGAUACUCGGAUCGAUCUGACCGAUCAGCUGCUUGUUCGCUCAAUCGUGGGUGAUGGAACUUGGGAAGUACAGGCGCUGACUUCAAGCAACGUGAUGAGCGACAAAAAGGCCUCCGCUUUGGCUGAGAGGCUUUUGAAAACUGCGCAGAGAUUUUCGCAGUACCCAGAAGCACCCUUAUCUUCACACUUAUUGCGUUAA